AUGAACGCUGUAUCCUAUCAGCUGGCCGCCUUUCACUCGACCGCGGCGGCGCGCCUCUACCGUACCUAUGGAGCAGUGCAUCUGCUGCCGCGCACCGCGGCUCUGCGGCGGAUGACAGCGACCGCCGGCUCGCUUGGCGCCGCGCACUCUGCGAUGGGUGGAUCGAUGGUGCUGUUGCAGCACCGCCGCUGGCAGUCCAGCGGGGGGUCGAAAAAGGAUCUCUACUCGGUGCUGGGCGUGGCGCGCAACGCGACACCGGAGCAGAUCAAAUCUGCUUACAAGAAGCGGGCCAAGGCACUGCAUCCCGACGUGAACCCAAGCCCCACCGCCGCGGAGGACUUUGCGGAAGCAAAGCAGGCCUACGAGACCCUCUCCGAUUCGCAGAAGCGCAGUAUGUAUGACAUGACGGGUAAUGCCAGUGCCGCCAGCGGCUUCGGCGGGUCGGGCAGCGGCUUCAACCCCUUCGGCGCCGGUGGCAACCCGUUCGCGGCUGGCGGCAACCCGUUCGCGAACAUGGGCAACGCCAACCACUCCGGCGGUGGUCAGGGUGGCUUCUCCUUCAACGACUUCGAGGAGAUCUUUCAGAAGAUGAGCAACAGCGGCAAGGACAAGACCCGCAAGCCGCAAGGCCCGGAGCCUGGGGCGGACAUCCACUACAAACUUGUGCUUCGAUUUCUCGACGCCGUGAACGGGUGCCAGAAGGAGAUUAGCUACAACACGAUGCGCCGCUGCGGAGCGUGUACUGGCAGCGGCUGCCAGGACACGGGGUCGCGCACGAAAUGUCCACACUGCGGCGGCCGCGGCAAGAAGGUGAUGUCCACGGGAUUCUUUCAUAUGCAGCAGGACUGUACCCACUGCGGUGGCACCGGCGAGCUCGGUCGAACGACCUGCACGCAGUGUAGCGGCAAGGGCAUCGUAAAGGAUCGCAGUGUACAGACGCUGCCGGUGCCGAAAGGUGUGGACAACAAGGAGCGGCUGAAAGUAACGGGCAAGGGCGAGGCCGGGGUGCGCAACGGUCCUCCUGGAAACCUCUAUAUUGAAAUCUCUGUCGAGGAAGACCCUGUCUUCCACCGCGAGGGCAGCGACAUCCACGUCAUCACCCCCAUCACCCUCUCCACCGCGGUGCUCGGUGGCACGGUGCGCGUGCCGACCCUGACGGGCGAGGUCGAGACACGGGUUCCCGUCGGCACGCAGCAAGGCGACAAGCUCGUGCUGCGCGGCCGCGGCGUGCACCGCCCCAACCACAACAAGACGGGUGACUUCUACAUCCACUUUGCGGUCAUGUUGCCGAAGGAACUCACGGAGGAGCAGAAGAAGGCCGUCGCCGACUUUGCCAAGGAUGAAAAGCCUCUCGAUCUCAACGACGCCCAGCUGCAGGAACUCAAGGGGCGCUACCGCUCCUGGUUUGCAGCGUAA